UUUGACACCACCCAUGUGUGGUCAGGCUGAGCAGCUAGCAAGGGAGAUGUUUGAAUUGUCAACUUUACAGUUGGAUAUUUUUGGGGAUUGUAAGGUUUAGCACUCAUGGUUUGGUAGGUUGUCGACUCAAAAUGGCGUCCAAAGUACUUUACUCGCUCAGAGAUCCGGUCUCUAAGAAGAGGGAUGAUUUCGAGGACAUCCUCGAGGAAAGAAGGAACUCCAGUGAUCUGAGAUACGCUCUCAAGUGCUACACGCCUGCGGUGUAUAGAAACCUGGUUCCCUGUACAGCCAGCAUGCUGAAAAACCUCGUCCUCGAGUCCGAUGCCCUGCGAUACGUCAUCAACCAGGUGUCGGUGGAGAGCGGCGAGUCUCCAGAGACCGUCCAGGAGGAGGCGUCUCAGGUGCUGGAGGAGAUGGCUCACCGCUUGCAGCUCAGCACCAUCCGCUUCUUCGCCUUGACGCUCAGCAAAGCCUUCAAAGCGCUUUAUCGCAGCGUACGGGUCAACGAGGAGGGCGUCCAGAGACUCCAGCAGGCCAUUCAGGAGCAUCCGGUGGUGCUUCUGCCCAGUCACCGCAGCUACAUGGACUUCCUGAUGAUGUCCUACCUGCUGUUCACCUAUGAUCUGGCUCUACCCGUCAUCGCUGCAGGAAUGGAUUUUAUGAGCAUGAAGUUUGUGGGAGAGAUGUUGCGCAUGUCAGGAGCGUUUUUUAUCCGUCGUUCAUUUGGAGGAGAUAAACUCUACUGGGCUGUGUUCUCUGAAUAUGUGAAGACCAUGCUGAGGAACGGGUACGCGCCAGUCGAGUUCUUCCUCGAAGGGACCAGGAGCCGAACGGCAAAAUCGCUCACCCCGAAGACAGGUCUGCUGAAUAUAGUCAUGGAGCCGUUCUUUAAAGGUGAAGUCUUCGAUGUGAACUUGGUUCCUGUGAGUAUAAGCUAUGAGCGAAUUCUAGAAGAGUCUCUGUAUGCACGUGAGCUGCUCGGAGUACCCAAACCCAAAGAGUCCACGUCUGGUCUGUUGAAGGCCAGGCGGAUCCUCAGUGAGGACUUUGGCACUAUGCACGUGUACUUCGGCGCUCCGGUGUCUGUGCGUAGCCUGGCGCAGGGCCACAUCAGCCGCUCCCAGUACAACCUGGUGCCCAGACACGUCCCCCAGAGGCCGGUGGCGGACACUCAGGCGUUUGUGAAUGACGUAGCGUUUCGCCUGGUGCGGCUGCAGGAGGAGAACAUGGUGCUGAAGCCGUGGGCGCUGAUCUCCACACUGCUCCUUCAGAACCCCGACGGCGUGGAGCUGUCCGCUCUCACCCAGCAGGCAGACUGGCUCCGGCACCUCGCGCUCAGCUUCGGGGCCUUCCUGGACUGGCCAGAUGGGGAGCCGUGCAGUAAGGUGAUAAGCUCCAGCCUGACCAUACACAGAAACUUGGCGCGUGUGUCUGAGGGGCGUGUGCGCCUGGUCGUUCCUGAGGCGUCGGGGGCGGAGCUGAGUGCAGAAGAGGCGGAGUUUCACCGCGCGGUCAGCGUGCUGUCCUGCGCGUCCUACAGGAAUCAGUCGCUGCAUGUGUUCGUGAGGCCGGCUCUCCUCGCUGUGGCCAUGCAAACCGCCAACUCCAACAGGAGAGACGAGCUCUACAAAAGCUUUAACAUCCUGCGGAACAUAUUCUCCAAUGAGUUCAUCCUCUGCCCCGGAGCCUCAGUGCAGGACUUCGAGGAGGCAUGUUACUUGCUGGUGAAGUGCGGCGCAGUCCAGGAGCUGAAACAAGAGGUCGUGAUGUCAUCGAGCGGACAGACGACACUGUCCUUCCUGUGUUCGCUGCUGGAGCCGUUCCUGCACGGCUACCAGGUGGUGUGUAGGUGUCUGUGUGAAGACCCGCAGGAGGAUCUUCCCGAGAAGAACUUUGUUCCUGCCGUGAGGAACUUUGCUCUCCAGCUCAUCCUAGCAGGAAGUCUGAGGUAUUACGAAGCCUUGUCGUCCGAUUUGCAGAAAAACGCUCUGGCUGCACUGAUACGGCUGAACGCUGUCAAGCAGCUCAAAACUGGCGAUCGGGUGUUGCUAAAGAUCGACAAGAUGGCCGUGAACUCGUUGGAGGACGCGCUGGGGGGUAACAUUCCCACCCAGAAGCCUGUCCUCGCUCGGCUGUAAGCGCGCACGCACACACACACACACACACACACACACACACACUCCUCUUGAUGUGUGCCUCAACUGCCUUCAUUAGCAUAAUUGUUUGCGUCAAGGCUUUACCAACUACAAGGACUGUUUGUCAUCGAGCUUUAAGGAGCCGUAACCAUCUGGGACACGCUCUCUCUCUCUACACACACACACACACACACACACACACACACACACACACACACAGUCUCAGUGUUAGUAUCCUGCUGUGUGAGCAGUGCUUCAGUUUUUAACUGCUUUGAACUUUCAUCUUCAGCCGUUAUUCUUUCUGGUCUCGCCAAAUGGACUCAGUUACUCUUCUGUCUUUUUUUUUUUUUUUUUUUUUUUUCCUUAUGAUUGAUAUUUUUUAAAAAGAAUGUUUGCCCAUUUUAUUUAUGUUGUUUGUUUGUUUGUUUUUUUGCACACAUAUAAAUCCAGUGUUUUUAUUUAAUGGAUUUUUUAUUAUUUUUUUCCUGCUUGACCGGAAUCAGGUGCUCGUAUUUUGUGUCCUGAUAAAACGCCGCCAUGAAAAGGCGGACCGUCGUUUUCCAGAGGAGAAUAUGCAGGCAACCUAAAAGAAAGAAAGAAAAAUUGUAUCCAAAAGAAACAACAGCAUUAUUUGUCUGUCGUUAAGCUAGUUUAUACAGUCGGUAAGAUGUUUGGUUUAAUGUCCUUGAUAUACUGUGGGUUCUAUUUUCUUAUUUUGUAAGAAUUGAGUUAGGAGAGAUAUCUGGUUAACGUUUAGAUUUUUGGUUCAUUUGAACUUUGGUCUAGGAUAUCCAUCCUUCCAUCCAUUUUCUGUACCACUUAUCCUGCACAGGGUUGCGGGGGACCUCGAGUCUAUCCCAGGGGACUCGGGGCACAAGGCGGGGACACCCUGGAUGGGGAUAAACCCAUCGCAAGGCACUGGUCUAGGAUAUUUUCCACAAAAUGUGGAUUUAGUCUGCGAUAUGCUGUUUAAGCAACUACAACAAGUUUGGGUUUGGUCUGGGAUGUCUGGCUAAAGUUUGGAUUUGGUCUGGGAUGUCUGGCUAAAAUUUGGAUUUGGUCUGGGAUGUCUGGCUAAAGUUUGGGUUUGGUCUGGGAUAUCUGGCUAAAGUUUGGAUUUGGUCUGGGAUAUCUGGCUAAAGUUUGGAUUUGGUCUGGGAUGUCUGGCUAAAAUUUGGAUUUGGUCUGGGAUAUCUGGCUAAAGUUUGGAUUUGGUCUGGGAUAUCUGGCUAAAGUUUGGGUUUGGUCUGGGAUAUCUGGCUAAAGUUUGGAUUUGGUCUGGGAUAUCUGGCUAAAAUUUGGAUUUGGUCUGGGAUAUCUGGCUAAAGUUUGAAUUUAGUCUGGGAUAUCUGGCUAAAGUUUGGAUUUGGUCUGGGAUAUCUGGCUAAAGUUUGGGUUUGGUUUGAGAUAUCAUGCCAAGGUUUGGAUUUGGUCAGAAGUGCCUGAUUUAUACUUGGUCUGGUAUAUCAGACUAAAAGUUUGGGGUUUUCUCUGGGAAUUUGGUGGGGGGGGGAAUGGUUAACUUGGAUUUGGUAUGGGGUGUCUGAUUACUUGCGCAUUGUGGUUUUUAUCUGUGUACGUCGGACUCUAAUCGUUAGUUAUAUCGAUUCUAUACUCGCGUAUACACCCAUGUUUACAGUGUGCUUUAGCCAUAGUUCAGUUUCUCUCCAUGUUAAAGUUCAGCCAUAUGGCGAGAAUACCACAUCCCAAAACUAAGCAAUUUUUUUUAAUGUAAAAUUUCUAUACAAUAUAUUUCACAUAAUAUUCCUAACAUAUCAUAAAGUGCCAACAAAGCAGUGAAACAUCUCAUGAAAAGCUACGCAUCAAAUACACAACAGUCUCGUUUCUCGUGACAUAAUUUACGGCGAUAUUGACGGCAUACCGUCACCGUAAAAUCAAGUGUUUCAUCUUUAUAUAGCAGAGCCGUUGCUCUCAUACUGUGACUCGCGGAUAUCGGUGAGCUUUUCGUUUUAUAGAAACGUGUUGAUAAACGGGGAAUCAUUGAUGCACACAAUUCAUACCUAUCAUAAUAAAAAAAUAUAUUAUUAAGCACGUCAUAAGCACAUCAUUGCAGAUCAAAGCAGAAAGGAGAUGAUGUCAUGAUAAUGGUAGUUGUUUGUUGCGGACUGUAUGUGAGCCAUUCUGCACCGAAAUAUUACUUUAAAAAAAAAACAACAACACCACAAUUGUCAGACAAUGUCUUCAGAUGCCACUGACUAGUGAUCAGGCCACCUUUACAGAUUUUAACCUUUGACCUGUGUCUUACAGUUGUCUUGAAGUACACAACGUUUGUCAUAAAACAUAUAUGCUAGCUAGAGUGCACUUAGCAUAUGUUCACAUGCUAGUCAUCGCUAACAGUGUUUCGGUUGAGUUUUAUAGUGCAGAGUUCAGGUUAUGUACGUGUGAUUUUUGUAUAAUUAACAACUGUACAGCUGAUUGUACAAAAAAAAAGUUCAUUAUUAUUUUUAUUAUUAUUAUAAUGUGCCAAAUGUAUUUUGAAACUCAAUUUACUAAAGUCCACUCAGGGCGUUUUGAAAGUUUUUUUUUGUUUUGUUUUGUUUUGUUUUAAUUUUAUUUUUUAAAUACUUUGUUGAACAUUGCUUUAAAACCUGGAGUCUUCUCCAGAAGUCCAUCCAUUACAGACCUACCCACCCAAGUGAACUCUUUUACUUUAGGACACGUCUUCUGAGUUCCUGUUUUUAGGUCCCGCUUUUCUGGGACGAUUCUUUAAUAAAAACCUAUGCUGAAGAGCUGAAGUAAAGCAUGUCUGUAAACCCCAUGAUAUUUCCACCGUAACGUCUUUGCCUACAGCAAACUCUUUUGCCAAAGUCAUUUCCUGUUACUGAGGUUUGUAUGCUUUCGGUUUGCGGUGCGUUUGGAGCAUUAAUGAUUCAGUCUAAUUUCACGGUUUGACAAUGUUUGUCUAAUGAAUAAUGAUUAUAUGGUGUGUGUUUGGUAUUAAAUCUGUAAUGACAAUAAAGUUUGAUAAUCGAGUGUG